AUGUCUAGUCCAUUCUCUCACGCGAAAAACCAAUCCAAUCAUUCUCGACCUACCCCAAAUAAGAGAACUCGGUCUUCUCCUGAUAUCAUAGGUAUUGACGAGGAACAUCAUCAUCGUCCUUCCACUCCCUCCACUAAUCAUACUAACGAUUCAUCUAAACUGGGCCAUACUUAUUCUACUCCCCAAAUGACUCCUAAAAGGUACAACGGUGUCAAUGCACAAUACAAAUCGCCUGCAAGUGUCAAUAUGGGUCCCGGUAAGAAACUCACCAGAAGAGCUAAUCAGGAUUCAAAUUCAUCCGCUACUAUUGUCGCCAUUUCACCUCAAGUCGAAGAAGAAAACACUCCAAGGAAAAAGAAGAAUGCUUCAAACAUCAAUAUCAACGAAAAGGAACUCCAGAAUCGAAAUGAAGAUGGGAAUGACAUUGACGACGAAUUUGAUGCUAUGGCUCCUAUCCACGUCUUUGACUCUAAGACCGAACUCGAAGCUUCCUGGGAUAAACUUCAAGGAGAAUUAGUUGAGUUUUUAAAGGAUUAUACUCAUGACACUCUUGCUCAUGCGAGCGAGAAUAUACUUCACGUUACUUAUCUCUUCGAGAACUUAAAUGACCAGGUUCAAAAGGAUCUUGCCGAGGGUGUUAAAGCCAUCGCAAACGAGGAACUCAGACACGAGGAGGCUAGAGGAAUCAUCACUGCUUUCUCUAACGAAAUGAAACGCGCUGCCGAAGUCCUCACUAAAUUCAGUAGUGCGGGAAACGCUGUUAGAGCUUUAAUAGAAGCUAAGAAGGACAAAGUCGAAGCUUAA